GACCAUCUUCGAUCAUUCCUCUUUGCCACAAUCGGUCGUCCUCUCUUCGCCACAAUCAAUCGUCCCAAUUUCGCCGCCAUAGAUCGUCUCUGUUCACUAGUGGGUUGCUCAAUCAAGACUUGCAGAUGAUGAAGAAUGUACAAAGAAGUGGAUUGACUUGAUCGAAGGGGAAUCACAACAGAAGAUCUGUCCACCCUCUAAAGGAGUACGAAGAGAUACUUUGAAUACCGACGAGGGCGAGCUUGGAGAAUUUAGUGGAGGGGUCAAGAAGGACCCCAAAGCAAAUACGUGUACGUGACCAAAAGAGAAGGAUCAGGCAAAGAAAAAAUAAGGGAACAACGAUAAAGAGUUUAUAGAGAUGAUUGUGGGAGGCCCUAAAGGCGGGGAUACCGCCUCCCAGCGGAAGAACUGGGCCAGAAGUCUACACGUAGCGGUCGUAUCGGUGGAGCCAAACACCAAGCAGAUAAAAAGGGAGUCCAACACUUUCAGUGACCAGGACUUACCUCGGACGGGAGGAGACCAUAAUGAUCCAUUGGUCAUUACAAUGGAUAUCAACGGAGCAGACGUGGCGAGGGUCUUGGUUGAUACGGGGAGCAGUGUCAACAUUUUAUACUUGGAAACUUUCAAAAAGUUGAAGAUAGACCGAUCCAGGUUGAAGCCUUUGCGGACGCCUUUAUCAGGGUCAAUUGAGGCGGAGGGGCAGAAAACGCUACCGGUGGAAUUAGGCUCAGGAAGCAAGUUCCACACCCCCAACGGUAUCGGAGAAGAGCGGGGCGACCAGAAGAAUGCGCGAUCCUGUUAUCUAGAGGCUGUCAAGAAGAUGACCCGACUCUUUAAACAGAUUGAGGUUGUUUCUCAGCAAGUGGACAAGGGUGAGGAGAAGGCGAGGAUCAAACCCGAUCCAAACACGGAAGAGAUCCAGAUUGACCAGGCCUAUCCCGAGAAGGUGGUCAAAAUCGGAAAGGGGGUACCUCACGACCAAAGGACUGAAAUUGUCCAGGUAUAACUCCGUUAUAAUUCCCUUUUUGCUUGGAGCGUGGCUGAUAUGCCAGGGAUAGACCGCUUGGUUAUAUGUCAUCAGUUAUCAAUUCUUGAUGGGUCACAACCGGUAAGACAGAAGAAAAGAUUUUUAUCUAG